AUGGCCUACGACCGCUACAUUGCCAUCUGCCAACCCCUGCACUACAGGACCAUCCUGGGCAGCAGAGCUUGUGUCCACAUGGCAGCAGCUGCCUGGGGCAGUGGAUUCCUCAAUGCUCUGCUGCACACUGCCAACACAUUUUCCCUACCACUCUGCCAUGGCAAUGUGGUGGACCAGUUCUUCUGUGAAAUCCCCCAGAUCCUCAAGCUCUCCUGCUCUGACUCAGGCUAUCGCAGGGAAUUUGGACUCCUUGUGUUUACUGCAUUUAUAUACUUUGCUUGUUUUGUUUUCAUUGUGCUGUCCUAUGUGCAGAUCUUCAGGGUCGUGCUGAGGAUCCCCUCUGAGCACGGACGGCACAAAGCCUUCUCCACGUGCCUCCCUCACCUGGCUGUGGUCUCCCUGUUCAUCAGCACUGCAUUUUUUGCCUACCUGAAGCCCCUCUCCUUCUCUUCCCCAUCCCUGGAUCUGGUGGUGGCUGUUCUGUACUCAGUGGUACCUCCAACAUUGAACCCCUUCAUCUACAGCAUGAGGAACAGGGAGCUCAAGGAUGCCGUGAAGGAAUUGAUCCAACGCACCUUGUUCUACCAGCAGUAA